AUGGAUGAAGAUAUUGCUGUAGUUGGCAUUGGGUGCAACUUCCCAGGAGGUGAGGGCCUUGACAGUUUCUGGAAAGUUCUUGUUAAUGGGAAGAACUGUGCUACAGAAAUUCCAGAGGAUAGAUUUGACUUAACACAGUGGUAUGAUCCUGACAAUACCAUCCUUGGAAAAACACAGACCACUAAAGCUGCUUUCAUAGAUGGGUUCAAUGAGUUUGAUCACAAGUUUUUUGGCAUCUCUGAGGCUGAAGCAAACUUCAUGGACCCCCAGCAGAAGCUCCUUCUACAGUGCUCCUAUAGAGCCCUGGAAGAUUCUGGGAUUCCUAUGGAAAAAAUCAGCGGCUCCAGAACAGGAGUUUAUAUAGGGCUCAUGAACAGAGACUACGAAACACUACUGAACAACAGUGCUACCACAAUAACCCAUUACAAUGGAACUGGUACAGCCAUGAGUAUAGCUGCCAACAGGAUCUCCUAUACCUUUAACCUCACUGGGCCUUCAUUUGCCAUUGAUAGUGCCUGCUCAUCCUCUUUGGUUGCACUCCAUUCUGCAGGUCAGGCAAUUAGACAAGGUGAUUGUGAAAUGGCGCUUUGUGGAGGUGUCAGCUGUAUUCUUGAGCCACGUGUCUUUGUGGCCCUCAGCAAAGCAAAAAUGAUCUCAGCCGAAGGCACUAGUAAACCAUUCUCUAGUACAGCAGAUGGAUAUGGAAGAGGAGAAGGCUGUGGUAUAGUUCUGCUAAAACCUCUGAAAAAAGCUCUUGAGAACUUUGACCACAUUUGGGGCAUUAUAUGCAAAACAGCAGUAAACCAAGAUGGCCACACUGUCACUCCAAUCACAAAGCCAUCCAUGAUCCAGCAGGAGAAGCUGCUGCAAAGAAUUUACUCUACAAAGACCUACCUGUCUGAUGUCCAAUACAUAGAGGCUCAUGGAACUGGAACCUCAGUGGGAGAUCCAAUAGAAGCAGGUAGCAUCUCUAAAGUUAUUUCUAAGGCAAGGCCUGCAGACUUAGGGCCACUUUGCAUUGGCUCUGUUAAAGGUAACAUCGGACACACAGAAUCUGCAGCAGGAGUGGCAGGACUCAUUAAGGUUCUCCUCAUGAUGAAGCAUGAAACCAUCGUUCCCUCACUGUUCUACUCUGAAGAAAGCUCUAGCAUAGAUGUCCAAGCUCUCAAUCUAAAAAUCCCCACCAAAGCAGAGAAAUGGCAUUGCACUAGUUGCAUGGGGCGGGUGGCUGGUAUAAACAGUUUUGGCUUUGGUGGCACAAAUGCACAUGCCAUCAUCAGAGAAUACAGAUGUGCUACAGCCUCUAAUUUAGACAAUCUCAAUUCAAGGAAAUUGUUUCCAUUUUCUGCUGCCACAAGUAAGUCCCUUGAGAUGUGUAUAGCAGACACACAUCAAAAGAUUAUCACAGAAAGCAAAAAUGACAUAAAUACUCUUCUCUAUACAUCUGCAUGCAGAAGGAGUCAUGUGAAACACAAAUACAGGAAAGUAUUCAUUACAACAUGUCUUUCAGACUUAGAGGAACAGCUAAAAGCUGGCUUGAACAAAAAGGUAGUUCCAAUGAAACCUGACCCCAGGGUAAUUUUUGUUUUCUGUGGGAAUGGAGUUACCUAUAGAGGCAUGUGCAAACAGCUUCUGAAAAAGGAACCUGUUUUCCAAGAAAAAAUGAGAGAGGUAGAAAACUGCUUUCAGAAUUACAAACGUAUAAGCAUAUUACAAAAAAUAGAAACCAGCUUUGACAAUGAUGAUUUCUCGAAACCAGAAAUUGUCCAGCCCCUCCUUUUCGCUACUCAGGUUGCCAUAGCUCAUUUGCUAAAGCACUGGGGCAUCAGGCCAGUUGCUGUUCUUGGGCACUCUGUUGGAGAGGUUGCUGCAGCUCAUUGCUCUGGACUUCUGUCUCUUAACGAUGCAGUAAAGGUGAUCUACUAUCGGAGUGUUCUGCAGAAUGAAGUGACUGGAGGGAAAAUGCUGGUUGUUGGUAAUGCAGCUGUGUCAGACAUUUUGAAAAUUCUUCCAUCAUACACUGGGAAGAUUUGUCUAGCUGCCAUUAAUAGUCCACUGUCAUGUGUAUUAUCAGGAGAUAAGGAUGCUGUUGAAAAUGUAUACCAAGUACUGAAGACUUCACUUAAGGGCAAGGACCUGUUCCUUCAUGUCUUGGAGGUUCCUGCUGCCUAUCAUAGCCAUAUGAUGAGUCCGAUACUAAGUCAAAUUAAAGAGAGCAUAGGGUCUCUAAGUGAACAUAAACUGAACUGUGAACUGGUGUCCACAGUGACAGGAAAGGCCUAUUGUUUAGGGGAUUUUUUAACUGGUGAUUACUGGGCAAGAAAUAUCCGAAACCCAGUUGCAUUUGAACAAGCUUUGAAAGCUGUGGCUAAUAAUAACAACACAAUCUUUGUUGAGAUUGGCCCAAGAAGGGCUUUGCAAAGAAAUAUUUUGGAAACUCUAGGAAAUGACACAGUGGUGCUCUCCUCAGUGCAGCCAGAUAAAGAUCAUGAGACAAUACUUAGUACUGUGUCAAAACUCUUUGAGCUAGGAGUUAAUGUAGACUGGGACCAGUUCUACAAUGGAUUUGAGUCAUUGCCAGCAUCUUACCCAGUGUAUCAGUUUGAUUGUCUAAAGAAUGAGACCUAUUUUGAGGAAGUAAGACAAGGUAGUGAAUUGGUGGUUCACUGCCUACAUCCACUUAUAAGACUCCAUAAUCGUAACAAUGGAAUGCUCAAAUGCACUUUGUCAUCAGUAGCAACCCCCUAUCUUUGGGAGCACAAGAGCAAUGGCAUUGUUAUUGCUCCAGGUGCCUUGUACGUUGAACUGGCUUUUGCAUCUGUCAUGGUAACUGCUAUCCCAAAGAUGCCUCUCACUUCAAUUCAGGUCACUAUCAACUUUCAGAACUUGCUCAUUCUUAGCAAGGGCUCCCAUCUUCUGAAUGUGCAGCUUGAGUCAUCUGAGGAUAAGGUUCUCUUUCAGAUACAAUCCUCAGCUGCAUUAUAUUCAUCAGGUUCCAUUACUUAUAGAAGAGUACCAGCUCUGAUUGAGCACCAAACAAUUCUCUUGGACAUUAUUUUGAAGAGAUGCUCAUUAGUCAUAGCACGGGAACAUGUGUAUUGCACUCUUAUUCAGGCAGGCUUUGAGUAUGGACCCACCUUUAGACAGCUGGGUGAUAUUCACUAUGGAGAAGAGUUUAAGGAAGCUGUAACUACUUUCAGGAUCCCAGAUGAAUUGCUGAGACAGCUAUAUGAGUACUACUUGCACCCAGUUGUACUGGAUUCAUUUUUUCAGAUGAGCUCUGUUUUAGUACUGAGUAACAGUACUAUUAGACAUGGGUUUCCCUCUGCCAUUGGCAGCAUUUCAAUAGUUGCACCUCUGUGUAAAGAAAUGGUCAUUUAUAUGAGAGUUACUCAAGAGAUGCCAGAAUACUUUGAGGUUUGUGGUUGUUUUGCAGAUACAAAAGGACAUACUUUGAUUGAAUUGAAGCAUGUCAGAGUCACAUUUCUAGGAGACAGCAUGAAAAUGACUGACUCAUGUUUCUUUCAUAAUGAAAGAAUCACUGUCCAUACUAAUGCCAACAUUUACAGCAAACCCAAAGCUGUUGUCUUUGAGGAUACUUUAGGUAUCAAUAGUGCUUUGAAACCAUACUUGCAUUCAUCAUCAGUAUUUUUCUCUCCUGAUGACCUACAGUCUACUUUACAUGCCUCAGAUUUGCUGUUGAAAUGUGACCAAAUCACAGUAGACAUGGAGAAAAUUUUGUUUAUCUGGAACUUUCAAACUCUUAGUCAUCUUAAAACUCAGACAGUUCUAGAACACUUGGUUGACAUUUGUGAUCUUUUUCGUCAAGUUGUUCUGACCUUGAGGAAUUGCAAGCAUUUGAACACUGUUCAUGUAAUAACUUACAGAUCAUCUGAGAGUACUGUUGAUCACAUUAGUCCAGGAUUUGUGCUAUCUGGUUUAAUAAGGGCCUGUGCUGCUGAGCUGUCAGAAGUCACUUUUCAGCUGAUAGAUCUCGCCACAGUGUCGAGUGAGGAUAUAAAGGCACUGGUUUCUGUAAUUAGCUCCUAUAAAAGCAAUGAAUACCCAGAGGUUACAAUAAGCAAAGGAGAAAUUCAAUCCACAGUGAUAGCACGUACACCCAUUAAUAUUAUAACAGAAGAUACAGACUCUUUCCAAUCUGACCAUGUCACACUACAGACGGCCAACCCCUACAGAAUGGCAUGUUUGUCAGCCAUACCCACUAGUGUAGCUGAUCUCACUGAAGGAAAGAAUGUGGAGGUCCAGCUCUGUAAAAUAUGUGUACAUUCUUCAGACUACUUUCCUGUCAGUGUCUCUAACCUUAACUUUGGUCAGACAUUAUACUGGAAUAAAUACACAUCUCAGAACCACAAGCUUUUAGCUCUUGACUUCAGUGGCACUGUCACAGCUGUAGGAAAGGAUGUUAGAAAACUGAAAGUGGGAGACCAUAUUGUCUCUUGUUAUCCUAGUGUUGCAACCUCCAAAAUUGUACUUCCAGAGGAUGCUUGCUACGAAACAAAGAGACUUCAGUUUAUGAAAAACGUUCCCUGCGUGUCUUACUUAAUACUUGCUUGGGAGAUAUUGCGAAAUGCACUACCUAAGGCCAAACCAAAGAGGAUGAUGGGCAUUUUAUCCACUAAUCCAGACUCAGCACUAGUAAAAGUGUUAAAGUUCACAGCUAACAAAUCAGGAUGGAAUGUUUUCAUAGAGACUGAAUUGAGUAGUCUCAUUCAAAAUUUAAACCUGUGUCCUGUUUUUGUCCUCAUUCCUCCUUAUGAUCAGUCAUGUUUGGCACAGCUAGGCAGUAUUGCCAGUGCAAAGCAUAUUUUUGUUGUUGCAAAGGAGUCUAAAUUCUCUACAUCAGACAUUCUUAAGAGUGAGAAUGUGUGCUUUCACUUUCUGAAGUUGUGUACCAUUUUCCAGAAAUCACAUCUCAAAACACAAAGAGCGCAGAUAUACAGAUGGCUAAAAUUAAUGCAGUUCGACAACACAUGUUUAUCCUUAAACAGCGACACUUUCCAGGUCACCCCAUCAGAAGUGACUUGCCAAACUGCAGAUGUUGGGUCAUAUUUCAAUACCAAAACCAUAUCUUUAAUUGUUCUGCAUAACACUGGAUCUGUAGCAAGCACGUCUCAUAUCUGUUUAAAACCCAGACCCAAGCAGCUCUUCACAAAAUCUAGUGUGUACAUAGUUUCAGGUGGACUGUCUGGUUUGGGACUUGAAACAGUCAAGUUCAUUUCACAUUGGGGUGGGAGGUGCAUUGCUACACUUUCGAGAAGCAUUCCAUCUGAGGAAACACAGCUACAGAUCUGUAGCCUCCAAAAAAGAUAUGGAUUAAGAAUCAUCACCCUCCAGUGCGAUGUGUCUAUGUCAGAACAGGUGUCGGAAGCAGUCGCAGUCAUUGGACAAAAGUUCCCAACUUGUCCAAUUAAAGGAGUCUUUCAUAGUGCUGCAGUGCUGCAUGAUGGGCUGCUUGAAACACUCGACAAGUCUCUCUUUGAAAAAGUAUUGAGACCUAAAGUCAGUGGGGCACUGAACCUUCACUAUGCUACUCUGAACAGUGAAGUUGACUACUUUGUAUGUUACUCAUCCAUCUCCUCUUUCAUCGGCAAUGCUUCGCAGGCUAAUUAUGCAGCAGCCAAUUCAUUUCUAGACACUUUGUGUCACUACCGGCGUAAUAUUGGACUUGCUGGUCAGUCUAUCAAUUGGGGACCUCUUAACCUUGGUCUUCUAUUAAACAAAGAAGGUUUUCAAAAAUUCCUAGAAGCCAAAGGACUCAUAACCAUGGAACUUCCAGAAAUUCAUGAAGCUCUAAAACAGUGCUUAUUGGGAAAUAAACCUCAACAAGUUGUCUGCAAAUUCAACUAUAGAAACUUGAGGAACAAUGUUCUUUCCGAAAAUGCCUUCCUAAAAGUUCGACUGAUGGCUUUAGUUGAGAGAGAACUGGAAAGCAAUGUAGCAUAUGAGUUCAAGAAAGAGCUACUGUCUUCAUUUGAUGACUAUGUAAGAGGCAUUCUAAGUGAUAUUUGCAAUGUGGGUGUAGAUGAGCUUGAAGAUGAAACUCUCCUUGCUGCAGUAGGAAUUGAUUCAAUGUUGGCCAUGACGAUGCAGAAUCUAAUCUUUCAAGAGACAGGUGUGAACAUUCCACUUGUUACUUUACUUGAUCCUAACUGCACUCUGUCCUCACUUACUACACUUCUUAAAGAAGCCAACAAUGGGUAUAAAAAUCAUACAUAUUUGUAA